AUGGGGGGCAUCAACGCCUUGCCUGGCACCUGGCCGUGGCUGGUCAGCAUCCAGGCGCCGUCUUCCAGGGGACCUCAGCACCUGUGUGCGGGGUCCCUCCUGACCCCCCACUGGGUGCUCACGGCUGCUCAUUGCUUCGCAUCGGGAAAGAGAUUGUCGCGACCCCAGAGGAUCGCCAUCGGCGCCACGGACAUUUCCAAUUUGCUGGACACCGUGCAGUUGCGUUCCGUGUCCCGCAUCGUCCCCUACCAGAAUUACAAUCCACAGAGCAAGGUCAACGACAUUGCGCUGGUAGAACUCAGCAGCCCGGUGACUUUUGAUGACUAUGUUCAACCCGCUUGCUUGCCGCACAGCCCCAUGGACUCCGAAGCCUUGUUCUCAGACUGCUACGUCAGUGGCUGGCGCACCACCACCCAGAAGGGCAGGAAGACCUCUGCUAUCUUGCAGGAAUCCAGAGUGAAGAUUCUGGAGACCAGCAAAUGCAACAGCAGCUGGUGGUACAAUGGGGCCAUAAGCCCUCACACCUUGUGCGCUCGAUACGAGGACGGAGGCAUUGACACCUGCCAAGGGGACAGUGGGGGGCCCUUAAUGUGCAAGACCUCCCCCACCUCUCCCUUCUACGUGGUUGGGAUCACCAGCUGGGGCAAGGGCUGCGGCGAGGGAACCAACCCAGAAAUCUACACUUCCACACAGCCCUUCCUUGAAUGGAUCCAUGGGGAAGUGGUGAAGAUGGAAGGGGUGCUUCUCCGGGGGAAGAGACCCUCGAACAAAGCUUGGGCUAAACACGCGACAAUGUUCCCAGCUUUCAAAGUUGCCUUGACACAGUUCCCCGAGAAAUAUUUGACGGAGGACCUGAUCUACUUUCCUACGACUGAGCUUCCAGAAGUGGACCACGUCCUUUUAGGGCUCUGUGGCCGGCGCCCCUUGGCACCCAGCCACUCUCUCCCCAUUGUGGGAGGCAUCGACACUCUGCCAGGGACCUGGCCCUGGAUAGUCAGCAUCCGGACCCCGUUCAAGUCUGGCUACCAACACACCUGUGGAGGGUCGCUCAUUGGCGCCAAGUGGAUCCUCACGGCAGCCCACUGCUUCAAGGACACCAG